CCCCAGCUACGCCACUGUAACAAGAGAUAUGAGUAAAAUCCCAAACCGUGUAGGGUGUAGUAAUUGUAUAUUCGGUAAAAAAAAUUGGUCAAAGUUCUAAGUGCGCGAAUAAUGGUUACUCGGGGAUACAUGUUUUGUGGGUAAUCGAAAUUAAGUGACGGCGCAGUAUCGGUAGCGUCCUCCGUCCGCACGCUCUAGGAUCUUUGGUCCGCACUGCGCGCGCCGCGGUACGGCACUCGCACACGUACACAACCACCCAAGCAGCUACCACAUACACGGCGUGACACAGACGUUCUCGAUCGCUCGCAGCCAGCUGCAUGCAGAACCCUUCUGUAGUAAUUGGCAGAACUCUGUAUCGAACAUUAGUUUUCAAAAUAUGUAACUAUUGAAGAUAGGCCCCUUACCACAUGCAAGCAAGAAAAUACAGUUACUCAGGAGGGACGGCGAGGGAAGAAAGAACAUAUGUCUAAGUUGUGGCACCGCUAGUGAAUGUUGAAUAAUGGGGAGUAAAGAGGGUAUUCGCCACCAGAUCUGUCAGCCCAAUGAGUUUGAGCUUCAGCACAGACCAGACUUCAUCACCCAUCUACCACCACUCAGUGCACCUCAGCCAGCCUUUAGUGAGAAGCCCAAGAUAGUCCAGCCAGGGGCCUACACCCAAGCUGCACCCACUAAAGAGCAGAAACACAGCCGGCAUGUCAGUGAUUCUAUCGCCAAUAACUACACUCCAUCAGCCAGAAACCUGACCACGUCUAUCAUCUAUGAAAUCACACGAAAACAUGAGCGUAGACAUUCCAGUGAGAAUCGUCACAUAUCAACCCAACAUACUGCUCCUACUCAACAUGGCUACUCGUUCCUGGAUGGAGGCACUGCAGAGAGACAGAUACGAACCAGUGGUGAUUCACCAAGGAAAAGCAGUCCUAGGGAGUCACCAAGACACAGGCAAACUGAUCCAUGGAGCCCCCGGCCAACAAGUGCCAAGACAACUCACUCUGCCAUCUCCUCCUCUCAACCUCUCCCUCCUAUCAAUGGUCCGACCCCACCUGUCAGUCCUAGACAGUCAGUUGUCAGUAUUGAUCGGAGUGUACCAUUAAAUGGAAGGGAUGAAGGGGCUUCAUCAGCAGGAACAGGACCAGACCAUUUAGUCAGCAUUCCUAUGGAUAGUGGAAGGGGAAGCUUCAACAGUAUUCAGGGUACACCACCGUCAGGUCUUGGAUCAGCCCCUCAUAUUAUUCCACCAAUCAAUCUAGUCAACUCAGAACAGCAUAAUGACACCCCAACAAGGCUUGUAAAUGGCCACGCCCUUCCCAAGUCACCAAGCCACACCCAACGAGACCAUGAUGAAGCUACGCAAGUUGUCUUACAAGUAGUAUUCCCACCCUACACUACUUCCACCCAUGGCCUGACCAGGCCUGCCACACCAGAAGAACAAGAUCAACCAAGGUAUUUCACUUUGAUCAAGGAUGCUAUUAGUCCCUCCAUGAUAGCACCACUAAGCAAGGAAUGUAUGAGGGGUAUUCAUCAAUUCAUCCCAAAGAAGCUCAAAGUAGAGCAUCUCGCACCCUGUCUCAAGGAGGUCACAGAUGAGGUACAGUCCUGUUACACCAGCAGUAUACGUCAGGCUAUCAUGGAUUAUAUCCUGAAAGACUCUGAGGAAAGAGAAAGACUUGGAAUCCCACUACCAGAAAAACUUAGUCACUCUGCUGGCCGGUUAUGGUUUCCAUGGCAACAGGCUGUGCUGGAAGCAAAGAAUUACAUGGCAACACAGCUGUACAUCACCCACCCUGUCAUGACCAGUAUUCUCUAUCUUUGGGAAACAAAGUACUCUAGUUUCAGGUUGAUUGAUAUCCCAGGUCUCAAGGAGGUGAUGCCUCUAACCAUGGAUGCAUUCCUAGCACAUGUUAAGGCCUCUAGUCUGAAAGGAAGACAGACUCUACUCAAUGAGUGGGUGCUGGAAUGUUCAUCUAUAAUUCGCAGCAACCAGGAUGAGAUAGAGCGAUGGAUGCCCAAUGAUGAGGAUGUUCGGAUGGACCACAUGGAUCACUUCUUCUCCUCAGUGGCUACCCUGAUGUCUGUAUGUCUCCGAGAUGGUGUUAAGAAGUCUGUAUUUGAUCUCUGUGAGUGGUUGGAGCAGUAUAGCGACGGCAAUAACUACGAAGGGGAAUACAAGCAGACAUCAUUGAGAUUACCUGUAUUACCUCAACCAUUUACAGUCUUCAUGGGACCCAGCAUGGAUGACAUCUGUAACUUCAGCCCUUCCUUUGAUGGCACAACACAACUCUUUCAUGAAGCCAUCUAUGUCAUGGUCCGGAGUUCACAGGGACUGCCCAGGGUGGAAACUGCCCUGUUUGAGAAGGUUAAUAAUCUGGUUGGGAGGAGCAUUAGCACAGUCAGGGAAGGGGAGGAGCUUGUUGAGAUUGCCAAGAGGCGGAUCCAGAAGUUGGUGAUGAGCAAUAGCCAUGGACCCAACAGGUACAAGUCAGUCUACAAGCCCUAUGCUUACCUCCUGAGCAGUGAAUCAGAUGUUAGAGUGGAGAAGUUUGUCGGUCGAGAGCAGCAUUUGCGAGAAUAUGUCCGAGAGAUAGAGAAACUCAAAGCGAUGGCCAAAGAGAUUGCAUCUUUGCCUGUCUAUGUGCCAAUGCACGUUUUCAUGCUGGACUGUAAUAACAUUAAUAGUUGGUUGAUGGCUCGAGCCGAUGACCUAGCCAACAUCAUGAUCACCAAUAUUGUUAUGACCAGUCACAAGUUCAACCGUGAUAUCUGCACCCAGUAUGACAACAUUGUCAGGAAGAUAACUCAGCAGUCAGAAUCCACAAACCAACUAGUUUCCUUGCAGGAAUAUGUGGAUGGAUUGUGGGUUGGUGAACUGCUACAAUUAAAGACCAGACUUGAGAUUGCAGCCAGUAACCUCCUCUUCCUAAUGGACUAUGCUACACUGUCCAAAGAUGAUCUGAUACUCAAUGAUACUACAUUCACCUGGAGCACCAGGAUUGUACCAAUCAUCAAAAAUAGCGAGACCAAACUGCAAAGAGAGCAUGAUAUUGCAGUCUCCAAGUUGUUGGACAGACAGCGUAAGUUCCAGGCUAGGUUACAUGAUGUACUUGAUGUUGUCAAGGGAUUCAAGACCAAAGAUAGGAUGUCUGAGGCUCAGGACUACCUGCUCAAGCUCCAAGACAUCCAGAAAGUUCUAGAGGAGUUUUAUCAAGAGAAAGCCAGCAUCAAUUUAGAAGAGAAGCUCUUAGACACAGGUCAGAUUAGUCCCUACACCUUGUUGGAUGACAUCCGUGAGAUGAAAGAACCAUUUGAUAAGCUUUGGCAGACAGCGGUUCAGUUCCAUCAGCAAUAUGAUAAAUGGAUGAAUGGACCCUUGCUUGAGGUUGAUGCAGAACUGGUCGAAGAAGAGGUGCAGUCUUUAUGGAAGACUAGUUACAAGUUAAGUAAGACCUUCGCUGGUAGUACUGACAUGAUGGGACCAAUGAGAGCAUCAAUCACCAUCAAAGCUAAACUAGAGAAGUUUAAGCUGAACAUGCCACUGAUUGGAGCUCUUUGCAACCCUGGUAUCAAACAGAGACACUGGGACAUGAUGAAUGAAAAGGCUGGAUUUAACAUGACCCCAACAAAGGAGACACCAUUACUGGAGAUGCUACAGAUGGGUCUUGAGAAGUACCUAGAGGAUCUAACAGAGAUCAGUUCGCAGGCAAGCAAGGAGUUUGCGCUUGAAAAGGCUCUAAUGAAGAUGAAGGAUGAUUGGGAGUCUGUUCAUUUCAACUUCACUGAGUACAAAGACACUGAACUGAGUAUCCUGUCAUCUCCUGAAGAUGUGCAAGUCCUGCUAGAAGAUCACAUUGUCAAGACCUCAACCAUGAGGGGAUCACCAUUCAUUGCUCCAUUUGAGAAGCAAGUGAAAGUCUGGGAAGAAACGUUGCAUCGUAUGAGUGAUAUUCUAGACUCUUGGCUCAAGGUCCAAGCAGCCUGGCUAUAUCUUGAACCAAUCUUUGGAUCGGCAGACAUUCGCCGCCAGAUACCAGUGGAGGGAUCUAUGUUUACAGAUGUUGAUGAGAAUUGGAGAGACAUCAUGCAGACUGCUGUGAUAAACACUCGUGCGUUAGUCGUGACAGCCCAGCCUCAUAUGCUAGAAAAUCUGCAGAAGUCAGAAGUUCUUCUAGACACCAUACAGAAAGGUCUGAAUGACUACCUGGAGAAGAAAAGACUGUUCUUUCCAAGGUUCUUCUUCUUGUCUAAUGAUGAGCUGUUGGAGAUCCUUUCAGAGACUAAGGAUCCACUUCGUGUCCAGCCUCACCUCAAGAAGUGCUUUGAGGGUAUUGCCAAGUUGUCCUUCACUGACACCAAGGAGAUUACAGCAAUGGAAUCAGCUGAAAUGGAAGCAGUAGAACUGUGCUCAAAGAUCAUUCCUUCCGAUGCAAAUGGUCUGGUGGAGAAAUGGCUAAUUCAGGUUGAGGACAUAAUGAGGAGAAGCCUACAGGAGGUGACAUGCAAAGCAGUGGAUGCAUACCCAAACACACCUCGCAAGACAUGGGUGUUAAACUGGCCUGGUCAGGUUGUCAUUGCAGCAAGUACAAUCUAUUGGACAUCAGAAGUGACCAAAGCAAUCCAAGAGAAUGGACUAGAGUCAUACCUGGCUAAGUGCAAUAAACAGAUUGAGGAGAUAGUGGAGUUGGUACGAGGCAAACUGACAAAGAUGGCUCGCAUUACAUUAGGAGCACUUAUUGUCAUUGAUGUUCACGCCCGUGACGUUGUUGCUAACCUCUGCAAGCAAUGCAUCACAGACCCCCUGAGUUUCUCUUGGAUCAGUCAGUUGAGAUACUAUCAUGAGGAAGGUAGCGUCAUGGUGAGAAUGAUCACAACUACAGUACCCUAUGGCUAUGAGUAUCUGGGGAAUACCAGUAGGCUGGUCAUUACACCAUUGACAGAUAGGUGCUAUAGAACUCUGAUGGGAGCCCUUCUACUUAAUCUUGGAGGGGCACCAGAAGGGCCAGCAGGCACGGGCAAGACAGAAACAUGCAAAGAUCUGGCUAAGGCUGUGGCUAAGCAGUGUGUUGUCUUUAACUGUUCGGAUGGGCUGGACUAUAAGGCCAUGGGCAAAUUCUUCAAAGGUUUGGCAUCAUCUGGGGCCUGGGCUUGCUUUGACGAGUUCAACAGGAUUGAACUGGAGGUCUUAUCAGUAGUAGCCCAGCAGAUACAGAGCAUCCAAAGAGCUGUAGCAGAACAGGUCACACAGUUUGUGUUUGAGGGGACAGAAAUCUCAUUGGAUCCAUCAUGUACUAUGUUCAUUACCAUGAACCCUGGCUAUGCAGGAAGGGCAGAACUACCAGACAACCUCAAGGUCUUGUUCCGGACUGUUGCCAUGAUGGUACCAGACUAUGCCUUGAUUGCUGAGAUCAGCCUGUACUCCAUGGGUUUUGUGGCUGCUAGGUCACUGUCUACUAAGAUUGUAGCUACCUACAAACUCUGCUCAGAACAGUUAUCAUCGCAACAUCACUAUGACUAUGGUAUGAGAGCAGUGAAAUCAGUUCUAACAGCAGCUGGUAACCUAAAGCUCAAACACCCAGAGACUGCUGAAGAUAUACUGGUACUCAGAUCCAUCAAGGAUGUCAAUCUGCCCAAGUUUUUGUCACAUGACAUCCCGCUGUUUGAGGGUAUCAUCUCAGACCUCUUCCCUGGACUGGAGAUGCCCAGGCCAGACUAUGGUGAACUAGAGAUGACAUUAAGUAACACUAUUAUAAAGAAGAAGCUUCAGCCCGUACCUUGGUUUAUUGAAAAGAUCAUUCAGAUCUAUGAGAUGAUCCUUGUCCGUCAUGGUUUGAUGAUUGUCGGAGAUGCCAUCGGAGGCAAGACAAGUGCCUUCAAGGUGCUGGCAGACUCCUUGGGAGAACUACACACCAACAAGCUAAUGGAGGAAUUUAAGGUCAACUAUCAAAUUCUAAAUCCCAAAGCUAUUACCAUGGGUCAGCUGUAUGGCCGCUUUGACCCCAUCUCCCAUGAGUGGUCAGAUGGUGUGCUGGCCAACAUCUUCAGAGAACAGGCUGCUAGUACAAGUCAUGACCGCAAAUGGUGUGUGUUUGAUGGUCCGGUAGACGCUGUGUGGAUUGAGAACAUGAAUACUGUACUGGAUGAUAAUAAAAAGUUGUGUCUGAUGAGUGGUGAGAUCAUUCAGAUGAAUAACAAGCAGAAUAUGAUCUUUGAGCCAAAAGACUUAGAACAAGCCUCACCAGCCACUGUCAGCAGAUGUGGCAUGAUCUACAUGGAGCCUGUACAGCUUGGAUGGAAACCCCUUGUUAUAUCAUGGAUGGAAUACCAGUUACCAGACUUCCUGACCAAACCACAGAAAGAACUGAUCAAGAUGAUGUUUGAUUGGCUGUUGCCGCCGUGUCUCAGUCAUGUGACCAAGCAGUGUCGUCAGCUUGUGGCUGUGUCUGACAUGCACAUGACAAUGUCCAUGUUGAAGCUGUUUUCCUGUCUCCUAGAUGAAGUCAAGGCCAUACGGGAUAGUGAUGAAUCUGAUAGUGAGGAAGAUGAAGAAGAGGAUGUGGAGGCCCAGAAUCAAUCCAUGUCAGAGCAAAAGAUUCAAGAGGAAAGGACCAACAUGCUGGUCUGCCAUUUCCUCUUCUCACUGGUGUGGUCUGUAGGGGCUACCGUAGACCACUCUUCGAGGGAACAUUUCAGUGAAUUCUUCAAGCAGUUGUGUGAUAUGGACACAGCUGGUCGUCAUCCCAGGCCCAAGGAUCUCAAGUUUGCACGUAACCUCCUUAUCCCCAAACGUGGCACAGUCUAUGACUAUGUCUACAUCAGGAAGGUAUAUGGUUCCUGGCAUCGCUGGGAGACGUUGGUCAUGGCUAGCGAUAUUGGAGCUAAGGCUAAGCUUUGCAAGAAUGAUAGAGACUACAAGGUUAUGAUCAAUGAGUUGAUUAUAAGGACAGCAGAAACAGAACGCCAGUUGUAUUUCCUGCGAAAGUUUGUGAGCCAAGAGCGCCCUCUGUUGUUUGUGGGACCAACAGGCACUGGCAAGUCAGCCAUCACCAAUGCAUUCUUGCUGGAAUUGGCCAAGGGUCACUACAUCCCAAACAACAUCAACUUCUCUGCACAGACUUCAGCCAAUCAGGCGCAAGAUAUCAUUAUGGCAAAAUUAGACAGGAGACGGAAGGGAGUAUAUGGCCCGACUAUUGGUAAGAAGCUGAUCGUGUUUGUUGAUGAUCUGAAUAUGCCAGCCAAGGAGAAGUAUGGUGCCCAACCCCCAAUAGAGCUACUUAGACAGUGGAUCGAUCAUGGUUACUGGUUUGAUAGGAAAGACACCAGUAUGUUGCAUCUAGUAGACCUGUUGAUGGUGUCAGCUAUGGGCCCACCAGGUGGAGGACGGAACACCAUCACUCCACGAUUCCUACGUCAUUUCAACAUUAUCACCUUGGAUUCCUUUGAUGAGAAGACCAUGAAUAACAUCUUUAGUCCUAUCAUGGACUGGCAUUUUGACCAGGGAUUUGAGACAAGCCUGAAACGAUUCUCUCGGAUUAUGGUGUGUGCUACCACUGAUGUGUAUACCCAGUCCAUGUCCAACUUUCUGCCCACCCCUUCCAAGUCCCACUACGUGUUCAACCUGCGUGACUUUGCUCGUGUGGUCCAGGGUAUACUCCUGAUCCACCCCAAGUCUCUGUCAGACAGCAAGGAGGCAGGCAAUAAGUUAAUUCGCCUCUGGGUCCAUGAGGUCUACAGAGUCUUCUAUGAUAGACUAGUAGACGAUGAAGACAGACAAAUCUUUUUUAAGAUAGUCAAGAAUGUCGUUCAAAGCCAAUUCAAAGAAAAGAUGAAUUCUGUCUUUAGCCAUCUUCUGUCUGGAAAAAAUGUUACAGAUGCAAACAUCAGAAGUGACUCUAAAGAAGUGCGAUCGGAGGAUAUGAGAAGCCUGUUCUUUGGGGAUUAUCUGUCAGCAAGCGAGGAUGAAAAACUUUACGAUGAGAUAACUGACAUGGAUGCACUCAGAGAGUCAAUUGAGAAGAAUCUUGAAGAAUACAACAUGAUGAGCAAAGCACCCAUGGAUCUGGUCAUGUUCCAGUUUGCUAUUGAGCAUAUAUCAAGAAUCAGUCGAGUCUUGAAACAGCCUAAUGGCCAUGCACUGCUAGUGGGUAUUGGAGGCAGUGGACGACAGAGUGCAGCCAGGCUAGCUGCUUUCAUUGCUGUCUAUGAUCUCUUCUCUAUCGAGAUAACCAAAAACUACACAACAGCUGACUGGAAGGAUGACCUCAGGAGAUUGCUACGAAAGGCAGGAGAUGAAGGAGCUUCCAUGGUCUUUCUGUUUGGAGAUCACCAGAUCAAGGAUGAGUCUUUCCUUGAGGACAUCAACAUGAUCCUUAACACUGGAGACAUUCCUAACCUGUUUGAGAAUGAAGACAGGCUGGAGAUCAUAGAGAAGAUGCAGCAGCUUGCGGUUGCUGAGAAUGAGAAGAUUGAGAUGACACCACUCAACAUGUAUAACAAGUUUGUGGAGAGGAUCAGGCGUAACCUUCAUGUAGUACUGGCCUUCAGUCCCAUUGGCGAUGCUUUCAGGAAUCGCAUCCGCAUGUUCCCAUCCCUUAUUAACUGCUGCACCAUUGACUGGUUUAAGGCUUGGCCAGAAGAUGCCCUAGAGAUGGUUGCUCAUAAAUUCCUGGAUGAUGUUGAGAUGUCUGAUAAGGUGCGAGCUGAGACGGUGGUCAUGUGUAAACACUUUCAUGAGAGUGUCAGAGCCAUGUCAGACAUAUUUUUCUCUGUUUUGAGGAGACAGAAUUACGUCACACCUACGUCCUACUUGGAGCUGAUCAAGACCUUUAAGAAUCUUUUAAACAGGAAACGUAUGGAGAUCAUGACACUCAGGAACCGAUAUAUGGUGGGGCUAGAGAAACUAGACUUUGCCUCUUCACAGAUCUCAGUCAUGCAGGAGGAGUUGACAGCACUGCAGCCUAAGCUGAUCCAGAAUCGUAAGGAGACCCAGGAACUGAUUGAGAUCAUCAAGGAAGAGACAAUAGAGGUAGAUGAGAAGAGAAAGGUUGUGGCAGCUGAUGAGGCCAUUGCUAAUGCUGCAGCAGAAGAAGCCAAAUCUAUCAAGGCUGACUGUGAGAAGAAUCUGGAGAUAGCUAUUCCAGCUCUGAAUGCAGCCAUCAAGGCUCUGGAUACCUUGAAGCAACCAGACAUCACUAUCAUCAAGACCAUGCAGAACCCUCCACAGGGAAUCAAACUUGUCAUGGAAGCUAUCUGUAUUAUGAAGAAUGUCAAGCCAGAGAAGAAGACCAAUGAUCAGGGUAAAACCUAUGAGGAGUACUGGCCAGCAGCUAAAAAGAUGAUUGGAGACAUGAAGUUCUUGGAAUCUCUCAAAGAUUAUGACAAGGACAACAUUCCAGCACCGUUGAUGAAGAAGAUCCGAGACAACUAUAUCCCUAACCCAGACUUUGAUCCAGCCACCAUUCGUAAAGUCUCCUCUGCCUGUGAAGGCUUGUGUAGCUGGGUCAGGGCUAUUGAGGUCUAUGACAGGGUAGCCAAGAUUGUAGCUCCAAAGAGAGCACGACUUCACGAUGCUGAGUCUCAACUUGGUGAUCAGAUGAAAAUGUUGAAUGAAAAACGAGCUGUGCUGAAGGAAAUCACUGAUAAGCUGCAAGGUUUAAAUGACAAACUGACCAAGAGAAAUACAGAAAAGAAGCAACUUGAGGACAAUAUUGAGCUGACACGAUUGAAGUUGAUUCGAGCUGAGAAGCUGAUAUCAGGCCUAGGGGGAGAGAAGGAUAGAUGGAUGCAGCAAGCAGAAGAGUUGGGUGAAACCUUCACCAACAUUGUUGGAGAUGUUCUUAUAUCAGCUGGUGUUGUUGCUUACCUAGGCAUCUUCACACUCUCUUUCAGACAGGAAUGCUUAAAAGACUGGUAUGCUCUGUGUAAAGAAAAGGGUAUCCCUGUGUCCGAUGUAUUUUCACUGUCGGCCACUCUUGGAGAUCCCGUCAAGAUCAGGGAUUGGCAAUUGGCUGGUCUACCAGUUGACAAUUUUUCCAUAGACAAUGCCAUUAUAGUGACCAAUGCCAACCGCUGGCCCCUGAUGAUAGAUCCUCAGGGUCAAGCUAACAAAUGGGUCAAGAACAUGGAGAAACCAAACAAGUUACAAGUCGUCAAACUGUCUGAUCCUAACUACACCCGUGCCUUGGAAAACUGCAUACAGUUUGGCCAGCCUUGUCUUCUGGAGAAUGUUGGUGAGGAGUUAGAUCCCAUUCUUGAAUCACUACUUCUCAAGCAAACAUUCAAACAGAAUGGUCUUGAGUACCUGCGACUCGGAGAUAAUGUGAUAGAGUUCAGCAAAGACUUCAGGUUCUACAUCACCACCAGACUUCGCAACCCUCACUACCUGCCAGAAGUCUCUGUCAAAGUUACACUGUUGAAUUUCAUGAUCACCCCAUUGGGGCUUGAGGACCAGCUGCUUGGCCUGGUAGCAGCCAGAGAAAAGCCUCAACUUGAAGAGAAGAAGAACCAGCUGAUCAUUGAGGGUGCUCACAACCGUAAACAGCUCAAGGAGAUAGAGGAUAAGAUCCUGGAGGUUCUGUCUACCUCAGAAGGCAACAUCCUAGAGGAUGAGACGGCUAUUGAGAUCUUGUCUUCCAGUAAGGUGCUAUCCAAGGAGAUCUCAGAGAAGCAGGAGGUGGCUAGUAGGACAGAGAAGGAGAUUGAUGAGACAAGAGAUGGCUACAAACCAGUGGCUAAGCAUUCCUCCAUUUUGUUCUUUACCAUAUCGGAUUUGGCCAACAUUGAACCAAUGUAUCAAUACUCAUUGACAUGGUUCAUCAACCUUUACCUGCAGUCUGUCCAUGUCACUAAGACAAUGUCUCCAGUUGUGUUGGAAGAAAUACCAUCAAUUAAUUCCAGUCCGGCAUCCAGUGAUCUCCAGGAGAGAAUCAAUAGUCUGAAUAACCACUUCACCUACAGUAUCUAUCAAAAUGUCUGCCGAUCACUAUUUGAAAAGGACAAGCUCCUCUUCUCUUUCUUACUCUGUAUUGGACUUGCCAAGGGCAGGGGUGAUAUCGAUGACAGGGAGUGGCGGUUCCUCCUGACAGGAGGUGUGGCCUUAGAGAAUCCUUUCCCUAAUCCAGCCCCUGAUUGGCUGCCUGACAAAUCUUGGGCAGAGAUUGUCCGAGUGUCCAAUCUUCCUGCAUUUGAUGAUUUCAUGUUGAACUUUAGAAAUAAUUUGGAUGACUGGAAGAAGCUGUAUGAUUCACAUACUCCUCACGUGGAUAAGAUACCUGAACCGUGGGAGCUGACACUCAGCAGCAUACAGAAGCUGAUCAUAUUAAGAAUCAUUCGACCAGAUAAGGUUGUGCCAGCAGUAAGCAACUUCAUUGUGAAGCAGAUGGGUAAAGCCUACAUUGACCCUCCGACCUUUGACCUGACUAGGUCAUACCAGGACUCCAGUCAUUCCACACCACUUAUCUUUGUCCUAUCCCCCGGUGCUGAUCCUAUGGCAGGCCUGAUGAAAUUUGCAGUUGAAAAAGGUUUUCUCCAGCAAACUAGGCAGGAUUCUCUAGGCUCCAUAAAUCCUGGGUUCAGUCGCAAAGGCAGCCGAAACAGCAUGCUGAGAAAUGACACAUCAGCUCUAUCAACACCAGAGUUGAUAAGAACUGCAACACCAGAGGUUGAUGAGACGACUGAGACUGCUCAUCAGGCUGUCAGAGUUAAUGAAGUUGACAAGAUGAUAGAGGUUGAGCAGGAAGAGAAGAGAAAUGAGAAUGAUGAAACUGUCAAUACCAUGGCAAAGUCAGAGGAAACUGAAGCAACACCAACCCAAGCAUCACUGGUUGACACGCACACUGUUGUCCAAUCAAAUGCUGGUGGUGAUAAUAGGCCUCGAAGUAGUGUCCGCUUUGCAAACCUGAAUCCAGCUACUCAUAACCCCUCUGGUCCUCCCCAUGAGCCUCUGCAAUCCCAGCAGUCCUUACAUCCUAUUCUCAAAGAUGUCUCAUCUCGGGCUGUAAUUCUGGACAAGGCAGAUCAGUUGCACCAACCAAGUAGCCAAUCUAAGGACGAUACAAAGGAGAUGAAAUCAUCAAUAUAUCGCCCUCGCCUGGCAAGAACCAUCAGUCGAAUCAGUCGAAUGGGUGGUUCAGGGCUCCAGACCAUCUCACUUGGACAAGGCCAAGGACCAAUCGCUGCUAAGAUGAUUGAUGAGGCUGUGAAAAAUGGAACCUGGGUAGUCCUGCAGAACUGCCACCUAGCAACCUCCUGGCUGCCUACUCUGGAGAAGAUCUGUGAGGAGGUCAUUACAGAUGUAGAGAAGACCAAGCCAUCAUUCCGACUGUGGCUAACCAGCUACCCAUCACCGGCAUUCCCAGUAUCUAUGCUACAGAAUGGCAUUAAAAUGACCAAUGAACCACCCAAGGGAUUAAGGGCAAAUCUGCUCAGAUCCUAUCUCAAUGAUCCUAUCUCGGACCCAGUCUUCUUUGAUGGAUGUAACAAACCAGAGUUGUGGAGAAAACUCUUGUUCAGCCUGUGUUUCUUCCAUGCCUUGGUUCAAGAGAGAAGGCAGUUUGGUGCUCUAGGAUGGAACAUUCCCUAUGAGUUCAAUGAGUCAGACCUUAGGAUUAGCGUCCGUCAGCAACAGAUGUUCCUGAAUGACUAUGAUGAUGUACCAAUGGAAGCCAUCUCCUAUUUGACAGGACAGUGUAACUAUGGUGGUCGUGUUACUGAUGAACGAGAUCGCCGCCUUCUCAUGAGUCUACUGAGUAACUUCUAUAAUCCAGACCUACUACAGACAGAGAAUUACAGCUUUUCUGAGAGUGGCAACUACCAGUGUCCACUGUCUGGGCCAUACAAGAGCUACAUUAAAUACAUCCGGAGUUUACCUUUGACCCCUCACCCUGAGGUAUUUGGUUUGCAUGAGAAUGCAGAUAUCACCAAGGACCAGACAGAGACUCAUCAGCUAUUUGAUGGGAUUCUACUGACGCUUCCAAGACAGACCGCUGAGACACCACGUGAUGGCUCAAGCCUCAUUGAACGUGUGCUAAGCAGUCAACGCAAGGAUCAGGCAUCAGGAGCUGGUAGAACAGCUCAACAGAUCAUUGAAGACCUGGCAUCUGACAUCCUCUCCAAGAUCCCUCCUAACUUCAAUCUGGAAGAAGUCAAGAUGAAGUUUCCUGUGCGCUAUGAAGAAUCCAUGAACACAGUACUGGUGCAGGAGUUGAUCAGGUUUAACCGGCUGAUUGAUGUUAUCCGCAGCAGUUUGCUAGACAUCAGGAGGGCACUCAAGGGUCUCGUGGUCAUGUCUGCUGAUCUAGAAGAUGUAUUCAGUAGCAUGAUGGUGGGCAAGGUACCAGCCAUGUGGGCAGCCAAGUCUUAUCCCUCAUUGAAACCACUGGGAAGCUACAUCACAGAUCUCAUGGCAAGACUGCAGUUCUUCAAGGACUGGAUACAAUCAGGGAUGCCAUCUGUCUUCUGGAUGUCAGGAUUCUACUUCACCCAGUCCUUCUUGACAGGUAGUAUGCAGAAUUAUGCCAGGAAAUACAAGAUUCCUAUUGACCAACUGGGCUUCCAGUUUGAACUCAUGGACCAAGAAACAUCAGUGCCCAGUAGACCAGCUGAUGGUAUCUAUGUGAAAGGUUUAUACAUUGAGGGCGCCAGAUGGGACCGAAGUAAGAAGCUUCUAGCUGAAUCCUUACCCAAAGUCCUGUAUGAUAUGCUGCCCAUUAUCUGGAUUAAACCUGGUGAAAAGUCAGCAUUUGAGCAGAAAACCACAUACUUAUGUCCAGUUUACAAGACCAGUGCUCGGCGUGGUGUUCUGUCCACUACCGGUCACUCCACCAACUUUGUUUUCUUUGUUGAGUUGCCAUCUGACCGUCCUGCCAACCAUUGGGUCAAUCGAGGUGUAGCUAUGCUGUGUCAGCUGGAUGACUGAACUGGUACAUGUAACCCCUCCCCAACUCACCCUACUCUACCCCAUAACAACAAAUAUUGUUGUGGUAAUUAGACACGGCAUUACCUCCACCCUUAAUCCAUCUCCAGUCGUCAUUCAUCCUUUUACUUUUCUGUAAUCUUAUUUACCUUUGUUCAUAUUUUACCAUUGAAAACGAAAACGUAACAAGUCAAAUGUUCUAGUUUAACAGCCCUUGUUUACUGUUGUUGCAUGUACAUGUAGAUGUUCCAUUUCAUUUUCACUCUCAAGGGCAAGGCACACUCAGUGCUGCAGGUUUCGUAUGUCAAUAUUUUUGAGUGUCUUUUAGACAGAAAUUUGGGCAGUCUAAUUUCUUCUGUGUAUCUACAGAGUGUCGGGUCAACUCGACCAUUUGCCAACUCAACCGUUGUGUGUUCAACUGUAAAAGUCAACUCGACCAUUUGCCAACUCGACCGUUGUGCGUUCAACUGUAAAAGUCAACUCGACCAUUUGCCAACUCGACCGUUGUGCGUUCAACUGUAAAAGUCAACUCGACCAUUUGCCAACUCGACCGUUGUGCGUUCAACUGGAAAAGUCAACUUGACCGUUGUCCAAAUCGUUCGCUGUGUCGUUGUGUGUGAACAUGUAUAUGCCAACAAGGGAACGUAGUUCUAAACAUAGAUUUUAUUAUGAUAUGUCUAUAGGCACAGUCUCAUAAAAAAAUAAACAUUGCUUUCAUCCAUCUAGUGCACACGAGCACGAGUGAAAUAAAAAUAUUGCAGUGCUGAAUCGUAUGCUGAACUGAAUGUCGGUCACUCUGGCACCUAACCAAUUCAGCCCCUGCCAACUUGGCACCUUGCCAACUCGCUAACCAUCUCCAAAUAAUAAGUAUGUUUGUAAAAAUGUCAUGAAAAACAGUAUAACAUGAUUAGGUUAUAAAACACGUCGGUCUGCAUGCAGCUGCGAUAGCGGGUUACUGGGCAUGACCGGACAGGGGCCGAGCGGUGAUGAGCGUAGUGUACCGUGUGGCGUGGCGCUACAAACAUGUAGUGGCACGUGACGCCAGUGGCGGGCGAGCUAGCUAUGCAGUGUCUGGUUCAUCAGUAUGAUGUUAGUUCAGUUUAAACCAUGCCCACUGGCCAUUAAGUAGCAUUAGAACCAUUGGAACCUGAAGCUAACACAAUUUAAAGUGUUUAUCCAAUGGGCGCUAGUAAUCAGUGGUGCGCGCGCGUGUAUAACGUUUUUACUAACGAACUGGAUAACGGUAAACCCCGACGGCUUCCACCAUAGUCUAGGAGCUAGACGUUGUUAUGGUUUGAUAUGCGAUAAGCCACAGCAGAGGGCGUUAUCACGACCAACAAAUUUCACCCAUUAACCCGUUGUGUAAUGCGCACGCACCUGUUUGGCCUAGUAUAUGCAGCACACAAUUCACAAAAAUUCAAAGUAGUGUUCCAAAGCAAACUUUCAAAUUUCUUCCAGUAUAUAAAAGAUGCAGCAAGACGUUUGUGCAAUUUCACUGGUCAGCUCUUCUGUUGUGUGUAGUAUGUGUGAGACUGAAAAUGGACAGUAAUUGCCUGCAGAAGUCACGCAUGCGCACUAGUUUUAAAAGAUGUCCUAGUCAUUGCUACUGACAGGUUCUUGGGUGAUUAUGGGUUGGUCGUGAUAGCGCCCUCUUGUGGCGUAUGGUUAUUGCUUCGGCGGGUUAUCACGUUAAACCAUACAGACGUCUAGCCCCUAGAAAACUUUCACCGGAAUAUGGUGCAUGGUCUGCACGUGAGGCUGUUUGUGGCAUGGGGCCCAGUAGAGCAUGUACUAGUGUGCAUGAACGAACAUGCCCAUGCGUGCUGGCCGCCCGGUCAUGGUGGGCCGAUGAAACACGAGGCUCUAAGCCUAGCGCCUCCCAGCCCGGCCCCCUUCUCAGUUAGCCCUGUGCGCGCUCUAUUGUUACUCCCAUUGUUGUGGCCGCUAAAAUGUAUCUAUCAUAGCCUAUCUCAGUAUCUGCAGACUGGUCUCGCUGAUUUGUUACUUCAUAUUAUUUUGGUUUUCCAUACAUGUAUUUAAUGCUAGGGUGUACCGUCACUAAUACGUCCACGGUGGUGAACCCUGAACUGCCAAAGAUUUUGUGGUAUGAUUUCCAUGAAAUUGCAAGACAUUGUUUCCUCUUGAAAAAGAAUGACACAACAAAAUAAAUACUUUUUGAAUCAUUUUGAUACGAACUUGGAUCUUUGAAAUAUAACAAUUUAAAUGGCAAAAACCAGUAAAACAUUCAGUCUUUUUUGGUGUCGUAUUGUGUUUAUUUUUAUAACUCAAACUUUUCAAAACCAAAGAAAAUGUUUAAUAUAUCAUUGGAAUGUAAUUUGAUUUGAUUGUUAUCUCUCGUAGUCUCAUUACAAAAAAAAGUAAUGUCUUUCAUUUUCGGUUCACCGCAUGAGGUGACAGUCAUGUCCUGGCCCACAUGAUCGCAACCAGACAAUAUCAGAUGGCCCGCCGUGCCACACAGGUAAAAUACACUUGGCAACACGGAACAUGCAUAUGCGUAAUUGCCGUUUCCGCAUGCCAGACAUAUUUAUUUACUAAUUUUUUGGGUUAGAGAAAAGGAAAAUUAAUUGACAAUACAUCUUUUAUUAAUAGAUGCAAAAUAAUUUUACUUUUGGAUAUGAAUGAUUGCAUCUGUAAACAUGGAGUGGCUGUGCUGAUUUAUUGAGCGUAACAAAAUCGUCCCUAAAAGCCAGGACGAACUCAUGCUAUAUGAAUGAUUACUAUGCACACUAAAAAUCAAAUCACACAACCCAAGGAUAUGUCGAGUUGUACAUACAACGGACGAGUUGGCAAAUGGUCAGGUUGACUUGAAAGUGAAGUCGAGUUGGUCAACGGACGAGUUGGUCAAUGGAUGAGUUGGUCAAUGGAUGAGUUGGUUCAACGGUCAAGUUGAUACGACGGAGGUGUUGGUAAAGGAUCAUGUUUCAAGUCAAGUUGACAAACGGUCGAAUUGACUGCAGUCCUACAGAGACAUGCAUGGAAGUUUGUACAAAUCAUGACACAUAGCAAACUUCAAAGUUAAAUCCCUCAGUCAAAUGUGUGAACCAAGAAUGUGGAGGCGGAGCCUGUGGUACACUCUCAGUUACAGUGUUCUACCUACAAAAUUGCAAUGAACACAAUUUUCACAUAAAUUUGGCAGACAUUUAAAGCUGACUUGUUCACGUUUGCCUUGUUCACGUUUGCCUUGUUUGUCAUAAAAACUUCAGGGGUUUUGGGGGUCAUGCAAUCCUUGGAUAAUUUUGUUCAUUUGGUGGAAUUCGUUGUAAAUCCAUGAAAGUCAUUGACAUGCAAACAUAUUAACAUUGCAAAAUAUGCAUAUUUUUUUGGUGUUUUCAGUUGUUUAAAUGCUUAACAUCUUUCUUGCAAUACAACUAAAAACCAUUUUGGUUAUUAAAAAAACAUAGAGUUUAGAAAAGAAAAAAACAAAAAAUAGUAGGCCUAUGUGUGAAAAAGAAAAAAAAACCAGGGUAUAAACUUAAGAUAUACAUGUAGAUUAAAAGGGCGUGCCACGUGAAAGAGUAGGUUAUAUUUUUGUAUGCAUUGAGUAGUAACAAUACAAGUGGAGAGAAAUGACAAUGAUAGACCAGAUAUGGUAGAUAGAAGUCACAGCUAGAGAUAAGAGAUUGCUGUGUUGCUUAAUAAUUUUGGAUUAUAUUAUAAAAUCUGUAAUGAUACAGUGACUAAAAGACAAUGUUUUCAAUUCCUGUGUGACCAUUUCUUUAAACAAUAAUCUUUGCAUAAUCACUUUGUGCUGAUGUAUCUACACCAGAGUAUAUUCAGUCCAAAGUAUACGACAGAGUGCCUUUUCUGUCUCUCAAAUAUCAUCAUUUGACUUUGUAGGUGAUUCUUAUUGCAACUCAACUUGAUGCACUAAUUGAACAAUAAUGUUCCUCUAAGAAAUUUGAAUAUUAAGGUUGACUUAAAUUAGGUAUUGUAAUCUAUUGUAUAUGUGAAUAAUCAUUCCAUACAAGUAAAUUAUUUCUUUGUACAUAUAAUCAUCAGAUUGAGAAUUAUGUAUAAUUGAAGAUAUUGAAGUGGAAAAAUUAUAACUAUUGUAAAUCCGUCCUAACAAUCUAAAAUGAAAGAAUGUAUCAACAGAUAUUUAUUAAUUUUAAUUUCUAUGAAUUAUUUUAUUGUGAAUUUGACCUUUCUAAAUCACAUACACUGUAUAUUCACAGUUCCUGAUUGAGGUGUGAAUUCUGUUAUCUUUGUGAUAUAUGUAAUUUUCACAAAUAAAUAAGUGUUUUUCAAUGUGUAAUAUUGUCAAUCUAUUUUUGCAAGAAUGAAUGAGAGUGCCUUGAUUUUUCUAAAGAGUAAUCUAUUUUAAGUAUUUUUCAUUCAAUUAUUUUGUGUGUGAAUAUAAUUCAAGAGUGAUAUAGAUUUUCUACUUGUAGUUAAAAUACUACCUGUAACGACUUACUGCCUCAGAUUCUACAGGUAUACAGAGCGAGUAAAAAAAAUGGCUAUUUGGAAAAUUCAUUGUCUCCCACAAAAGCGGAAAAGGUUACAAGUUUGUUCUCCUCAGCCAACAUUCGAUCUGGGUAUUGACCAUAUUCAGUACAAAUGUCACUGAUAUUCAGCAAUGCAUGCAAAGGAUACAUGUCUUUCUUUGUGAUAUACCCCAAAACACUACCAACACAAUGUUUCCCAAUAUUUUUAAGGGGGUAUUUAACAUUAUUUAAAGGCGCAAACGAGAACCUGAACAAGGGGCACCAGAAUGCCCAGAUUUUUUCUGUGGGGUACCCCAAGGACCAGGUGUACUGCAUUGUGCCAAACACCCUGCAGGAUUUUCGUAACAAAUUACUGAUGAAAUCCAAGCCCUCAGAAGAACAAGAAUGACCCGCAGAGCUAGUCAUGAGGAUAAUGGGCACAACUAUGCACUGAUCUGAAUAAGACUGGUGGAAGGUCGAGCAGCAGGACAGUGAAAAUAUGAACCUUAUGUGUCAUUCACUUUCAAGUUCAAUGAAUGUAAUUCCAUUUGGUUGAUGUCUGUACUUCUCAAUGUUGCCAUUGUGUUCAUAGCAAAAGCAAAAGGCCUUUUCUGAACAUUGUGUUGAGAGUGUUUUUGGGUAGUAACAAAGAAAGGCCUUUAUCCCUUGCAUGCAUGGAUGAAUAUCAGUGACAUUUGUACUGAAUGUGGUCAAUACCCAGAUCGAAUGUUGGCUGAAGAGAAAAAAUGGUGAACUUUCCCAAUUUGGGGGGAGACAAGGAAUUAUCCAAAGGGACAUUUUUUUUACUCGCCCUUUAUUUGCAAUAAGCGUAGGCUUAAAAAUAUCUGUUGAUGGUUAAGAACUGCACUGUAGUUGUAUUGAAAGAUUGUUUCACUCAGUGUUUUUUUUUCUCCAUCAAAAUCUGAUUGAAAAUGAUCGUCCUAUUGCCAAAAAAAGUUUUGGGGUGAUCAAUCUUUCCAGUCAAAUGUCAUGUCAUCCUAAUCGUGCAAAUCAAAUUGAAACUAUCUGCAAGUAAGUGUUGUUGCUGUUUUGUUUUAUUGUGUAAUUCACAUUGCUUAUUAACCCUCCUGCUAUUUGAGCAGUCACAAACAGUCUAAUAAAUUCACUUCCAAUACCCUAAUAUACUUUUAAUGAAGGCUAGUCACUAGCAGUCAGAUCAUAUGUCAAGCAAGCACUUUGACUAGUCAAACUGGGUCAACAGACAAAGCAGACAAGUUGUGGUCACAGCUAUUUUAUUGCUCACUGGGAGUCAAAGCAUAGCUGUAUCAAGUUACCUAAACAGUCUCAGCCAGGCAAUUCUGUUGAAAACAGUCACUUGUUUGAUUUCGACUUUAAGGAAUACUUGGCACAGAAUGUAUUUUUGCAUAGAAAGUUUUGCACCAAUGAGCAAAAAAACCUGUUUAAUUUUUAUGACAUUUUUGGUAGGUUUUGUAUAAAAUAUGUUGAUGCAUUCAUGAUCUGCUAUCAAUUUCUUGGUAGAGUAACUGGACAAGUACAAAUAAAAUCUGUCCUUUUUAUGUAAA